GGAAGCAGGUGAUUCUUUUGUCUCCUGUGAAGUUUAUAUAUAUAAACAUUAACAUCGUGCAUCAGUGAAUGAAUGAUACUACAUUUCCGCAUCAGUUUCUUCUCUUUCUGUUAAACAGCCAGACUUCUGAAUCAUUCUUGAUUAUCUUCGGAUUCUUUGUACUCUUAUAUAUAAACUUUAGUGGUUAUAUACGUACUUUGACGUCAUACAACAUGGCCGAAGAAGAACCAAAGAAGGUGACGGAUACCGUUAACAACGUGUCAGAACGAUCUCCAUCCCCGUCAGCUCCAGCGAAGGAAGCUGUUGUUACAGCGGUUGUUGCUCCACAAGAGAAGCCUGUGGCUCCACCUCCAGUUCUUCCAUCUCCAGCGCCGGUGGAGAAGAAGCUAGAGGACCCCAAGGCUCUUAUUUCCAUCAUCGCAAAAGAAGUACAAGAAGAGAAAAAGGAAGGGUCGAUUAAUCGAGAUGCUGUCCUGGCUAGAGUUGAGACAGAGAAGAGGAUGUCACUUAUCAAAGCUUGGGAAGAAGCUGAGAAAUGCAAAGUGGAGAACAAAGCUGAGAAGAAGCUUUCUUCAAUUGGGUCAUGGGAGAACAACAAAAAAGCAGCUGUAGAAGCUGAGCUCAAGAAAAUAGAGGAACAAUUGGAGAAGAAGAAGGCCGAGUAUGUUGAGUUGAUGAAGAACAAAAUAGCUCAAAUUCACAAACAGGCAGAAGAGAAGAGAGCUAUGAUCGAAGCUAGACGUGGAGAAGAGGUUCUCAAGGCCGAGGAAUUAGCUGCCAAGUACCGUGCCAACGGAACUGCUCCAAAAAAGCUAUUUGGAUUCAUGUGAUUCAAUUAUAUCGAUGGAAAACAUGUAUUUGAUGUUUCUGAAAUGUUUAUUUUCAUUUCUUAUAAAUUUGAAAAUCAUCCAAUAAGGUAUUCAUUCAUACG